AUGUAUCGCCACAAUUCGCCUUUGUAUGAUCUUAUUGAAGAAACAGAGGCUGAAGAACCUGGAACUGUUAGUUCCUUCGAUUAUCUGCAAAAUUCCGAAGAAAAAAGCAGCUGUCAUCUGCUGAGUGAUGAUGAAAAUAAGAUGGCUGCAGGAGUUGCCAAGUCAGCAUCCCCAUAUUCUUCAUUCCCAUAUUCUUCAUCGUUUUCAACCAAAGAUGAUUCAAAAAAUGACACAAGUUCUGGACUCACUCUUGAUGACCUAACAAUUUCUAGUCAACAUGCAAGAUAUCAAUCGGGACAAAUGCAUCACUUGCUGGGGAGAUUCAAAUAUUUGUAUGAAGAUAAACUACAAAAACUUGAUGAAUUGGAACUUUCGGGACAAAACACAACAAAGUCGAGGAUGAAAAUAUUAAGAUCGUAUAUUGAUGAUGUUAAUGAACAGAAUAAAGUAUUAGUACUAACUAUUGAAGAAUUAGAGAGUGAAUCUAGUCAACGCGUAGAAAUCCUUGAAACUAAACUAAAUGCUACCUCAAAAUGUAUUAAGAGAGCCUAUAAUCUGUAUUCCUUUAUAGAAGUAUAUUAG